CUGUAAAGUAACCAGCUAAAAAGGGGGACGACCCCUCAUUCUCUCCUCGGUCCGUCGUUCAUCAUCGUCCGUCGUCGUCUUGUCCUGCUCUUCCGCCCUCGCAACCAGCUUUACACAACGAAUAGAUCCCUCCCAACUCGAACGAAACCUUGACUACGAACCCACCGUUCAAUUCAGCAUCUCAACCACAGUCACGAUGGACAAGCUCUUCAGCACAGCAAAGGACUUUCUCCAGGAACAGACCGACAAGGACGACAACAAGCAGCAGCAGCAGCAGCAGCAGCCCCCCCAACCUCAGGCGCUCCCUGGCGGGAACAAGGGCACCGGAGGCUCGUACCCGAUCCCCGGGGGUGACGACGACGAUUUCCGCUCCGCCGCCACCGAAGCUGCGCGUCAAGCCGGGUCGCAUGGCGACAGGGACCUCUUUUCCAACGUCCUCGGCACGCUAGGCCAGAAGAAGGCCCAGGUCGAGAAGGAAGACGUUGACGAGAAUGACAUCCUCACCAUGUACAAGAAAUUCGCCGGCGGCGAGGCCGGCGCCAAGGAACAAGCCGACGAAAAGUCCCUCGGCGCCGCCGCCGCCAUGCAGGCCCUCAAGCGCUUCAACAGCGGCGAGGUCAAGGGCCAGAAGGACACCCAGGGCGGCUUCCUCGCCCUUGCCAUGGCCGAGGGCAGCAAGCUCUUCGACGACAGCGCCAAGGACGGCCGCGUCAAGCAGGGCACCACCAAGGAGGGCGUCAUCCAGCAGGCCGGCGAGAUGGCCCUCAAGCUCUUCUUCAAGAGCCAGGUCAAGCAGGGCGGUGCCGGCGGGCUGGUCGACAUGGCCUCCAAGUUUUUGAAGUGAUUUUGCUUGAGGGAGUGAGGGAGUGAGGGAGUGAGGGAGUGAGGGAGUGAGUGAGUGAGUGAGAGAGUUGAAUAUAUAAAGUUUCUUUUUAAACGUUUUAAAUAUCAAAUGUCCGACCCAUGGCAUAUAUAUACAAUUAUCCGCCGCAUUCAUUCCAUAAUGUAAUGCCAAAAAAAAAAAAA